CGCAUCUCUGGUUAUUUUAAUAUGUAAUUUGUAAUGUUAGUAAUACCAGUCGGACUUUUUUGCACAUCAAUCAUUUAUUGAAAUGUGGCACACCAAGUUUUUCUCAUGCACACCCAGAGUCUCUUUUCUGGCUGAAGUAGCAAUUGGUCCAGCCUUUCACUGAAUGUGUGUAUGCAUGCGGGAUGGGGGUGGGGUGAGGCCAGAAGUCGGAAAGUCCCUACGUUUCCAAAUUCACUAAACCGACUGUCUACUGAAUAGAGUGAAACUUUGCGUUGAAUCUUCUCAGCUGGUUCAUGCAUUAUAGGGGACAGAAGCCCGUACCUCCUACGUCGACCUUUUAUCUGUUCAAGAGUUCAUUUCAUUUUUUUAAUAAGAUUAUGUGUUCUGUCAUGGACGACUAGACACCAGUCAUGGGGUAUCCAGCAGAGAGAAAGACUUGAAUGGACACACCCUGUGGUCACAUUUUUAACAUUUUUAUGUUGGAUUCUAUGUUAAUUACAUGUUAAGGUCUAAAGAAACUACCUUUUGGCAUUUAAAAAUGUGUUUUGGCCAGGUUGGUGUAUUUCUUAGUGAUCCAGGAUGAGCUUAUGGAGGAAUCCCAUAAACUUAAACUAGUUCAUCUAACCAAUCUUGUUUGAUGUGGCUUGUGUUAUACAUCACAUUAUGUAUAUGCAGUUUUAGCCUUUCCGUGCACGUCACCAGUUCUUUGAAGAAACACUGUUGUGUUCUGUUGUGUAACCGGCGUGAUUGAUCAGGAGGAAUUUUUCUUUUUUGCAAGGAGUUAGAUGUUUGUGUAAUCUUGUUUGCCUUGUUCACACAGUUCAUUCUCUGCACGCACACAGGGUAUUCAAGUCUUUCUCUCUGCUGGACAUCCCUUUCCCCAAUAUUUCUAUAAUGGAAAUUAUACAAAACAGUGCUUUCCUGAGAGGCUUGUGUCGUAAUAGUGCCCCUGCAGAUUUACAAUACGAUAACUCGUCUGAACUCUUUCGUAUAUCCACAUAUGCUAAGUUCCCUGCCACUGCACCAGUGACUGAAAGAAGUCUCGCUCGAGCUGGCUUUUAUUACACUGGAGUGGGCGACCGUGUCCAGUGUUUCCGCUGCAGUGUGACAGCAGACAACUGGAAGUCUGGUGAUUGCCCUGCAGAGCGCCACAAACAGCUGUCUCCCACCUGCAGCUUCAUCCAGAGCUUACCCGCCACAGCAAACCUCCUGUCGUCCUCCCACUCAGCCUUUUCCCCGCUUCGCAAUGUAGCUAUCCUGCAGCUGUCCGCCCCUGCAACCGCAGUUGCAUCAACCACUUCAGCAUCAUCUUCAGGCCAAACAGAGGACCAGGUGGGUUACCUAAAUAUGGGAUUUAGCAACCUGGCACCCUCCAGUCCCAUUUCUUCCCGUGGAGUGGAGGACAUGUCUCACCAGCGACCGCCAGCUUGUCACAAUCCCAGUAUGCGUCGGGAACAGGAGCGACUUGACACGUUUCAAAAUUGGACUCUUGCUACAGUGACACCAACUGAGCUCGCCAAAGCUGGUUUUUACUACCUUGGCCAGGGCGACAGGGUGGCUUGCUUCAGCUGUGGUGGCCAGCUCAGCAACUGGAAACCAGGAGAUCGGGCAGUUUCUGAGCACCAGAGACAUUACCCCAACUGCCGGUUUGUUCGAGGCGACCGUGCAGAUAAUGUCCCAUUAUCUGGUGGCGGCCUUUCCAACGUAUCCAACUCAGCAAUGCAACAGUGUGAAGAACGGCUGCUCACGUUUGUCAACUGGCCCUCAAGAAUACCUGUUCGACCAGACCAAUUGGCUAAAGCUGGUUUUUACUAUGUUGGUCGUAACGAUGAUGUCAAGUGCUUUUGUUGUGAUGGUGGACUCAGAUGUUGGGAGUCUGGUGAUGAUCCAUGGGUUGAACAUGCUAAGUGGUUUCCAAGAUGUGAAUACCUGUUGCAAGAAAAAGGCCAAGAAUUUGUUCAUCAGAUUCAAGCAAGAUUUCCAAGACUUUUUGAACAGCUCUUGACUAAUGGAGAAAACAACUCGAGAGAAUUUGUUGAUCCACCUGUUGUACACCUGGGUCCUGGAGAAGACCGUUCAGAAGAUGCAGUAAUGAUGAACAACCCUGUUGUAAAGUCAGCAUUAGAAAUGGGAUUUGAGCGUAACCUGGUGAAGCAAACAGUUCAAAGCAAAAUUCUUACAAGUGGAGAGAAUUAUAAAACCGUUCAAGAACUGGUGUCUGACUUACUAAGUGCAGAAGAUGAAAAGAGAGAGGAGGAACGAGAACUUCUUGCUGAGGAGAUGGCCUCAGAUGGUUUUACUUUCCUUAAGAAACAUCAUGCUGCCUUGACACAGCGUUUAAAAAGCGUGCAGAGCUUAAUGGAUCAUCUUCUGGAGGAGAAUGUCAUCUCACAGAAAGAGUAUGACAUUAUUCGUAACUGCACUACGGUCAAGCAGCAGACAGGGCAGCUGAUUGAUUUAGUCCUAUCAAAAGGAAACGCAGCAGCAGAAGUUUUCCGCAACUGGAUCAAGAAGAAUGACGUGUACCUGCUGAGAGAACUGAUGGCCCAGACAAAUGAAGCUGCAUCACCGAGUCAAGAUCUUUCAGACUUACCUAUGGAGGAACAGUUGAGAAGACUUCAAGAGGAACGCACAUGCAAAGUGUGCAUGGAUAAGGAGGUCAACAUCGUCUUUAUCCCAUGUGGUCACCUAGUGGUAUGCAAAGAGUGUGCGCCUUCUUUACGGAAGUGCCCAAUUUGUAGAGGAUUGGUCAAAGGCACUGUCCGUACCUUCCUAUCAUAAAAUAAAACUUAGCCUUCAAAAAACAGUGAUAACUUAAUCAAUUAAAAAAAAUGAAAAGUUCUUAACAUGUUUCAAAUAAAGGAUUAAAAAAAGGAAAAUG